UAGUCUUGAUAAAGCAAUACGACCGUUGAAAUCUAUAAAUCCAGCAGGGUUAGUUAGUAGUUGUGGGUGCUUCACUGCCCUAUAAUCUGCUUCAUUGUCAAUUGACAGUGAGUCUCUUCGGAGCUAGGAGCGGUCGACAUCUUGAAUUGGAGUAAGAAGUCACUCCUCAUGGCCUGUUAUGACUGAGAGGCUGCCAUCAUGAUUGGAGGAUUGUUCAUCUACAACCACAAGGGGGAGGUGCUGAUCUCCCGCGUCUACCGUGAUGACAUAGGGCGCAACGCGGUGGAUGCGUUCCGCGUGAACGUGAUCCAUGCGCGGCAGCAGGUGCGCUCGCCGGUCACCAACAUCGCCCGCACCAGCUUCUUCCACGUCAAGCGCUCCAACAUCUGGCUGGCGGCGGUCACCAAGCAGAAUGUCAACGCCGCCAUGGUGUUUGAGUUCCUCUACAAGAUGUGCGACGUCAUGACGGCCUACUUCGGCAAGAUCAGCGAGGAGAACAUCAAGAACAACUUUGUGCUGAUCUACGAGCUGCUGGACGAGAUCCUGGACUUUGGCUACCCCCAGAACUCGGAGACUGGCGCACUGAAGACCUUCAUCACUCAAACAGGCAUCAAGAGCCAGCACCAUUCCAAGGAGGAGCAGUCUCAGAUCACCAGUCAGGUGACCGGGCAGAUCGGCUGGCGUCGCGAGGGCAUCAAGUACCGUCGCAACGAGCUCUUCCUGGACGUGCUGGAGAGCGUCAACCUGCUGAUGUCCCCACAAGGCCAGGUGCUGAGCGCCCACGUCUCGGGCCGCGUGGUGAUGAAGAGCUACCUGAGCGGCAUGCCGGAGUGCAAAUUUGGAAUGAACGACAAGAUCGUCAUCGACAAACAGGGCAAAGGGGGCGCCACCGAGGAGGCGGCGGGCAAGAGUGAUUUGGGAGGCAGUGGCGGUGGUGGCGGUAAGCAAUCCAUAGCCAUUGACGACUGUACAUUCCACCAGUGUGUGCGUCUCAGCAAGUUUGACGCUGAGCGCAGCAUCAGCUUCAUUCCUCCGGACGGAGAAUGUGAACUCAUGAGGUACCGCACCACCAAGGACAUCAUCCUACCCUUCCGUGUCAUCCCCCUUGUCAGGGAGGUGGGCCGCACCAAGCUUGAAGUCAAGGUGGUCAUUAAGUCCAACUUCAAGCCCUCGCUUCUGGCUCAGAAGAUUGAGGUGCGCAUCCCCACCCCUCUCAACACCAGCGGGGUCCAGGUGAUCUGCAUGAAGGGCAAGGCCAAGUACAAGGCCAGCGAGAACGCCAUCGUCUGGAAGAUCAAGCGUAUGGCAGGGAUGAAGGAGUCUCAAAUCAGUGCUGAGAUCGAGCUGCUGCCCACCAACGACAAGAAGAAGUGGGCACGCCCUCCCAUCUCCAUGAACUUUGAGGUGCCAUUUGCUCCGUCCGGACUCAAGGUGCGCUACCUGAAGGUGUUCGAGCCCAAGCUGAACUACAGUGACCACGACGUCAUCAAAUGGGUGCGCUAUAUCGGCCGCAGCGGCAUUUAUGAGACACGCUGCUAACCGCCACCUCACAAUCGGGUGGAAAGAGGGACGCAACAGGGAAGAGGCUGGACCAAGGGAGGGAGCGAAAGACAACAACAUGGGAUUGUUUCUUUCAGUCUUUUUUUCCCCCGGGCUGGCUGACAAACGAUAAAAAAUUCUAUAUAUUGAAAAUUAUUAUAUUACUAAACGCAUAUAUGUAUAAAUAAUGCAAACAUCCUGUGAAGUACAAAAAAUACCAUCUGCAUCUAAAGGGUCUUUUCCCCUUUUUAAUCUAAACAAAACAUCCAUUCCACCCCCAUGAUAUGUUGUUUACUAUUCCUGUACAACCCAUCUAUUCCCCCUGGCACUGAAUUAGUGGACGACUGUACCCCUUGCCCAUAACCACAGAUCUAGAAUCAGAUCAUGCACCAUACCCUCAAUCCUAAUGUAUUAGGAGGAUAAAAAAAAGUGUCUGACCAUGUAUCAUUGGCUUAGGAGUAACUGCUACCCUCCCUCUCUCUUGAUGCUGGCAUAGGAGUGUGUGUGUCGCUCUUCUGUUCUCCUGUAGCAACUAACGUCUCCUGUCCCACCUCUCUCUCCCCAGCCCUGCCCCUGUAUCUAUAUCUAACCGGCGGAGUCACUCUAUAGCCCAGUGUUUAGUUUUCAGCCGUAUGUGGUGUAGAUGCAUCCGUUAAGUGUCAUGCCGUUUUCAGUACAUUUUAUACGUUUUGUUAUUUUAACACCCAGCCUUCCCCGAGUAUUGUAGUCAUGAAUCGUCUUGUGUUUUUGUAUUUAGUGCUUUGUCGUACUUCUCUAAAGCUUUCUGGCCACCAUUCCAUCGCGCUGUCUCACGGUCUUAUCCCACACCCGUAGUCCUCCUCUACUAUUUCCAAUAGCUGGUGGUGUCAUUAUUAUGAUUCCUCCAGACGCAGGUAUCAUUUUGCUGUAGUUCCUGUCGUCUUCUGUCUUAAGUGCUGCAGAGAUUCCUUCUGUGUGACCAAAAUUGUCAGUUUUAGGAACAAAAAAAAUGUAGCGAUGACAAUAGACGGGACACAUCAGUCUAUGAAUAUAAAUAUAUAUAAACACAUCUCUAUAUUGUAUGAAUGGUAAAAAUGUGCUAUCGAGCAGAGCCAGUUGUUACGGUCUCAAUGGUCUGCUGUUAGGGAUGGUGUUUGUGUAGGAGACGCAGUUGAGCAGAUCUGUGUGUGUGUGCGUGCGUGCGUUGCUAUUCUUCCCCAGGACCACGAUCUGCUGAACAUGCCUCGGGAGUCUGAAAUUCUGGCUGCAAAUUCCAAGUUCUGAUCCCGACUGGAAUUCUGACCCUCCCAUACACUUUACAUUAGCAUGGGUGUAUUUAUUGACCAAUUAAAGGGAUAGUUCAACAAAUUACAAUGGCAUUGGUUUCCUUACCCUGUAAGCAGUCUAUGGACAAGGUAUGACAACAACAUGCUUUGGUUUAGUUUCCCUGUCACUGUUAUCACAUGCUAAUGUUUUAUCAUUUGUGGCACAAAUCCCAUUCAUGUCAUGGGACCGAUAUUAGCAUUUGUCGCACAUCAUGUUCAAAUCAAUUUGUGAUCCAUUUGGACAUGAUGCAUGAAAAACGAUAAUAUUGGUCCCAUGACUUCAAUGGGAUUUGUGCCACAAAUGCUAAAAUGUUUGCAUGUGGAAACGGUGCCAAGGAAACUAAACCAAAGCAUGGCUUGCUGUCAUACCUUGUCCAAAGACUGCUUACAGGGUAAGGAAACUAAUUUGUAACUUGGAUGUAACUAUUCCUUUAACCUUCAAUAACCCCCUUAUAUUCCAUGUGCACUGAUUUCCCCCACCCAUAUAAAAAAAUAUAUUGUUUACAACUUAAUUUUGAAAUCAGUUUAAUGAAAGGAUUUGGAUAUGGAACAAUGGUGUGUGUUACCAGAGAGAGAGAAAUGGGUUGCGUCCCAAAUAGUACAUUACUUUUAAGGUGCCAUUUGGGACAGAGACAGAGUGACUGAGUGUUCAACUCAUCUCAGCCUACUGGACUUGGACUGCCUGCAUUUCAAAUGAACAUUUUGAAAUAUUCCACCUUUCAGAUAGCGUUCCUCUUCCUCUCAUAUUCCUUCUAGUUCAGUCAUGGCUAUUGUGUGUAUUAAACAAAGGCUAUCAGAUUGUAUGAGCAUUUGCAGUUGCAACAAACACUCAGUGUGACACUGCAUAAAGUUUCCAUUCUCUUUUUCUCUGGCACUACAUUCUACCAAUGAACACUAAAAGCGCUUCUGCUAACUUCUGAAAAACCCUAUCUCUCUGGCUGGCUGUAAUUGCACACUAUUCCCAAAAUCCUAUGGGCCCUGGCCAAAAGUAGUGCACUAUAUAGGCAAUAGGUUGCCAAUUGAGACCUAGUCUCCCUCUCUGGUCAAUGCCCACUAUGUCAUGCCACACCCUGAGGGAUGGGGAGGGAGAGUCCUGGGGGCUUGACCCUCUGCUUCAAUGUUUCCAUGGGAUCCAUUUGGUAACUAUGUGACUGUCAAGGUAAUCCAAAUAAAAAAGGUGUAACCAAUA